CAAGGCCGCGUGCACGGCUUCCACAUACACGAGAAUACUGUGAGCGACGGACGCUGCGUCACGGCCGGUAGCCACUUCAACCCCCACUUUGUCACCCACGGGGGCCCCACUAGCCCUGUCAGGCACGUAGGUGACCUGGGCAACAUCGAGGUGCGAGAGGACGGCACACUGAAGGGCUACAUAUUCUCUGACCCUCUCGUUGCCUUCACCGGCGAGAACUCCAUCCUCAGCAGGUCUAUUGUGGUGCACGCCGGGGUAGACGACCUGGGCCUUGGAGGUCACCUAUACAGCUUGAGCACUGGCAACGCCGGGGGCCGCCUUGCCUGUUGCAACAUUGUCUUCAACUCUCGUGUCCGCUUCAGGUUCAAGGGGUGAGCGCCUGAACACCAACUGCAAGCGAGGUUCACGGUCUGAAAGUAGUCUAAGCUUCUGCAGACUCAUACGCUGAAAAAAGGGGGGGGGGCUGCAUUUUCACGGAUAAAUUCAUAUUAACACUAUUGAAGAAGACCUGGUUAUACUGAAUGAAUGAGUACUUCAUUGGUCUCCUGUGCUCACUUCGUGUGUGUGUGUGUGUGUGUGUGUGUGUGUGUGUGUGUGUGUGUGUGUGUGUGUGUGUGUGUGUGUGUGUGUGUGUGUGUGUGUGUGUGUGUGUGUGUGUGUGUGUGUGUGUGUGUGU